AACUUUUAGAGGAUUCACUUGAUAGGGAGAGUGAAGUUGAACACAUAAUAAAUCAGGAGACAAUGGAUUGCUAUAUUCUACACUAUGUACUUUGUUUAUUUAUGCUGCUAUUUAGCAUGGAACUGUCUUUUGUGACUUGUGUUGAAGGUUCUGCAGUUGCCAGUAUCCCAUGUGACUGUGAGCAAUUUUCUGACACAGUUAACCAACUUUCAACAACCAUUGAGAAACUCCAUAGUAAACUUGAUGAACAAGCUACAGAGAUUGCAACUUUACAAAGAGAUGUUAUAAAAAGUGAGAUUCUCAUUGAACAGUUAGAUGAUACAUGUACUCAGAGUUGCAAAGGAAAACAAGGACAACCAGGAAAACGUGGAUUUCCAGGUAAAAAAGGAAAGAAAGGUGAAUCUGGGCAGAAAGGUCAGAGGGGAGCGAGAGGAUAUAGGGGACCCAAGGGGCCAAUUGGUGUCACUGGUGUUAACGGUAGUAAAGGAGAAAAUGGUCUACCAGGAGAAAAGGGCAGUCCGGGUUCAACUGGGAUGCGAGGAGAAAAGGGAAGUCCAGGAGCAACUGGGCCCAGGGGAGAAAAGGGAAGUUUGGGAGCAAUUGGGCCACGAGGAGAAAAGGGAAGUCCAGGAGCAAUUGGGCCGCAAGGAGAAAAGGGAAGUCCGGGAGCAAAUGGGCUGCAAGGAGAAAAAGGAAGUCGAGGAGUAAUUGGGCUGCAAGGAGAAAAAGGAAGUCCAGGAGCUACUGGCGCGAGGGGAGCAAAGGGAAG